AUGAGUGAGAACGGAGUCACAGGGCCUAGCCCUCAGCCGGGCGACCGUGUUGCUAUCGGUAUCACCUUUGGCAACUCCAACAGCUCUAUCGCAUACACGAUCGACGACAAGGCAGAGGUCAUUGCAAAUGAGGAUGGAGACCGACAAAUUCCCACGAUAUUAUCUUACGUCGACGGCGAAGAGUACUACGGCGGUCAAGCAAAGAACUUUCUGGUCAGGAACCCAAACAACACUGUUGCAUACUUCAAGGACUUCCUAGGCAAAGACUUCAAGUCCAUUGACCCAACCCACAACCACGCUUCUGCCCACCCUCAAGAAUCCAACAGCACCAUCGCUUUCACCAUUAAGGACAAGGAGGGCGAUGAAGCGUCCACAGUCUCCGUUUCCGAGGUCACAACCCGCUACCUGCGUCGCCUCGUAGGCUCCGCCUCCGACUACCUCGGCAAGAAGGUGACCUCCGCUGUCGUCACUGUGCCUACCAACUUCUCCGAUGCUCAGAAGGCCGCCUUUGUCAAGGCCGCCAACGAUGCCGACCUCGAGAUCCUGCAGCUCAUCUCCGAGCCCGUCGCAUCGGUCCUCGCUUACGAUGCGCGCCCCGAUGCCCCUGAGGUCACGGACAAGAUCGUUGUGGUGGCAGACCUGGGCGGCACUCGCUCCGACGUGACGGUUGUCGCGAGCCGCGGUGGCAUGUACACGACCCUGGCUACCGCCCACGACUACGAGUUCGCCGGAUUCGCCCUGGACAAGGUUCUGAUGGACCACUUCGCAAAGGAGUUCAUCAAGAAGCACAAGACCGACCCGCGGGAGAACGCCCGAUCGCUGGCCAAGCUGAAGUACGAGGCCGAGGCCACCAAGAAGGCACUGAGCUUGGGAACCAACGCGAGCUUCAGCGUCGAGUCGCUGGUGGACGGUGUCGACUUCGCCUCUACCAUCAACAGGUUGCGCUACGAGAUGGUCGGCCGAUCUGUCUUCGAGGGCUUCAAUCGCCUUGUCGAGGGCGCCGUCAAGAAGGCCGGCCUGGAUGUCCUGGAUGUCGACGAGAUUAUCCUGUCCGGUGGUACCGCACACACGCCCCGUAUUGCCGCAAACCUGAGCAGCAUCUUCCCGGAAUCGACGACUGUGCUCGCCCCCUCCACCACCCCCACAGCCAUCAACCCCUCCGAGCUGCAGGCCCGCGGCGCCGCGCUGCAGGCAUCUCUGAUCCAGGAGUUCGAGACCGAGGACGUGCAGCAGAGCACCCACGCCGCCGUGACGACGGUCGCGCACGUCACGAACGCCAUCGGUGUCGUCGCCCUGUCGGAGGACGGGUCCGAGGAGGUUUUCACGCCCGUCAUCGCACCCGAGACGGCCGUCCCGGCGCGGAGGACCGUGCACGUCAGCGCGCCCAAGGACGGCGGCGAUGUGCUCGUCAAGAUCGCCGAGGGCAACACGCACAUCCACGUUACCAAGCCGGAGCCCAAGGCGAAGGAGAAUGGCGAGGAGAAGAAGGAUGCAGACGAGGACGACAGCGACUUCGACGACGAUGAGGAGGACGAGGACGACGAGAAGCGCGAGAAGGUGUGGAAGAUCGGGUCCACGCUCGCCGAGGCUGCUAUCCGCGGCGUCAAGAAGGGUGCCAAGGUCGAGGUCACGAUAAAUGUCCUGGCGGACCUGAGCGUCACCAUUCAGACAAGGGAGGUCGGUGCGAAGGGUGGUGUCAGGGGCACGCUGUCUGCCUAA